ACAUCAACAGCUUGGCGACAAAAAAGAUGCAACCGGCAAAAUGGCCGUCGUCUGCCGGCCGUCUUCAUUUCUUUAUUUGAAAACGAACAAUUAUCAAGUAGUUAUCUCCAUUUCUAACCCAACCUUCCAUACUCCCACUACCAUCACUUACUUCCAUGGCUUCUUCUCUCUCCCCCGCCUCCCUCUCUACCAUCCUCCGCCGCCGUUACGAUCCAUCGAAUUCCCUUUCUUCUCGGAGCUCCUUUGUUCCGCCGGAGCUGGUCGUGCCAGUGAAGACAACUCUGUCUCUGAACCGAUGCUCCGUCAUCCGAGCCAGCACUGAGAUUGUCUCCAAUGAUCGAGUAGACACUUUUGAGUUGAACAGAGAGAAAAGAAAAUCAUUAAGAGUUGGGAUCAUUUGCGGAGGUCCUUCUGCGGAGCGUGGGAUUUCGCUGAACUCCGCUAGAUCAGUCCUUGAUCACAUACAGGGGGAAGAUUUUCAUGUGAAGUGCUACUACAUUGACAGUAAUCUCAAUGCCUUUGCAAUAUCCUCUGCUCAGGUAUAUUCAAAUACUCCUGCAGAUUUUGAUUACAAACUUGAAAGCCUUGCCCAAGAUUUCCCAUCUUUAUCAGACUUUACAGAACAUCUUGCUGCCUCAGUUGAUAUAGUUUUCCCAGUUAUCCAUGGCCGAUUUGGUGAAGAUGGUGGAAUUCAGGAACUAUUGGAAAAAGCUAAUAUUCCAUUUGUUGGCACUAGGUCAAAGGAAUGCCGUACAGCAUUUGACAAGUAUGAUGCUUCUGUGGCUCUUGAUAGAGAAGGUUUUGUGACUGUACCUGGUUUCCUAUUCCAGGGAAGUGAAUAUGACAAAUCCCAAUUAUUAAAAUGGUUUGUGGAAAAUAAUCUGGAUGCUGACCAUGGAAAAGUUGUGGUUAAACCAGCAAAAGCAGGGUCAAGCAUUGGAGUCUCUGUUGCUUAUGGUGUUACUGAUUCUCUUAAGAAAGCUAAUGACAUAAUAUUGGAGGGAAUUGACGACAAAGUCCUUAUUGAAAUUUUUCUUGAGGGAGGAAAAGAAUUUACUGCCAUUGUUCUGGAUGUUGGUUCUGGUUCUGAGUGCAGACCUGUUGUUCUACUACCAACUGAGGUGGAGCUUCAUUUACAUGGAAGUGGCGAUUUGUAUGAGAAGGAUGCAAUAUUUAACUAUCGAAGGAAGUAUCUUCCUACAAGGCAGGUUUCAUACCACACUCCUCCUAGGUUCCCAGUAGAUGUCAUAGAAAGUAUCCGUCAUGGAGCAUCUCUACUUUUCCAAAGACUUGGCCUGCGUGACUUCGCUAGGAUUGAUGGAUGGCUUCUGCCCCCUUCUCACUUGUCGUCUUCUUUGGAAAAUAAGUUUGGGAAAACUGAAUCCGGUACUAUAGUAUUUACUGACAUCAACUUGAUUAGUGGGAUGGAGCAAACAAGUUUCCUGUUUCAACAGGCUUCUAAGGUUGGAUUUUCUCACUCAAAUGUCCUAAGGAGCAUCAUUAAUCAUGCUUGUAUGAGGUUUCCCACCUUGGCUCCUUAUUUUUUAUUGUCAAGUUCCUCAUCUAGAUUGAGAACAUCAACAUCACAGUAUCAGCCAGAAAUAUUUGACAAACACCAAGAUAAGCAUAAAGUCUUUGUCAUUUUUGGUGGUGACACUUCUGAACGUCAAGUAUCUCUUAUGAGUGGAACCAAUGUCUGGCUGAAUUUGCGAGCUUUUGAUGAUCUCGAUGUAACUCCUUGUCUGCUAGCACAUUCAAAAGGCUAUCCUUUCAAUUCAGGUACAAAUGACGAUGAUGCUCAUGCAAGCACCAGAACAGUCUGGUCAUUGCCAUACUCUCUUGUGUUGAGGCAUACAACAGAAGAAGUUCUUGAUGCAUGUUUGGAGGCUAUCGAACCCUCUCGGGCAGCGUUGACUGCUCAAUUACGAAACCAAGUAAUGGAUGAUCUCACGAAAGGCUUGAAGGAACACAAUUGGUUCUCAGGAUUUGAUAUUCCUGAUGAGAUACCAGUAGAGUUGACACUGAAAGAGUGGAUCAAACUGGCUAAGGAAGUUAAGGCAACAGUUUUCAUUGCGGUGCAUGGAGGCAUUGGUGAAGAUGGUACUCUCCAGUUAAUGCUUGAGAGUGAAGGAGUUCCUUAUACUGGUCCUGGCGUGAUGACUUCGAAGAUAUGCAUGGACAAAGUUGCGACUUCUCUUUCUCUCAACCAUCUUGCAGACUUUGGAGUUCUUACCAUAAACAAGGACGUUCGAAGUAAAGAUGAUCUACUUGGUAUGCCAGUUCACGAAGUUUGGCACGAUUUGACAUCAAAGCUCACAUGUGAGACACUUUGUGUAAAACCAGCUAGAGAUGGAUGCUCUACUGGGGUAGCGAGGCUAUGUUGUGCACAAGAUCUUGAAGUUUAUGUAGAAGCAUUGAAGAAUUGCCUUCAUAGGAUUCCUUCUAAUAGUUUGUCAAAGGCACACGGAGUAAUUGAGAUGCCAAAUCCUCCACCAGAGCUCUUAAUCUUUGAACCUUAUGUUGAGACUGAUGAGAUUAUUGUAAGUUCAAAAUCCUCAAAUGAACUUACAUGGAAAGGACAGAGUAGAUGGGUAGAAGUCACAGUUGGGGUUGUGGGAAAAAAUGGGUCAAUGCACUCUUUAACUCCAAGUGUCACAGUCAAAGAGACUGGAGGUAUUUUGUCACUUGAAGAGAAAUUCCAAGGUGGCACUGGAAUCAAUCUUACUCCACCGCCCUUGUCUAUUAUUAGUAAAGAGGCGUUGGCAACAUGUAAACAAAGAAUUGAAGUUAUAGCAAAUACUCUGCAAUUAGAAGGGUUUUCACGUAUUGAUGCUUUCAUCAAUGCCGACAGUGGUGAGGUAUUGAUUAUAGAAGUAAACACAGUUCCUGGAAUGACACCAUCAACUGUUUUGAUACAUCAGGCAUUGGCAGAGCAACCUCCGAUGUACCCACACGAGUUCUUCCGGACAUUGUUGGAUUUGGCAUCAGAGAGGUCCAAGUAAAUAUCAUGUACUUAUUUCAUCAUCAUAAUAAUAAUGUCUUUCUCAAGAGGACUCGUGUUGUAUUUCAAGGAUGUGAAUGUAUCUUAAUUAUUUGUUUGAGAACACUAAUAGAGUGAUCGAGUAGAAUAAGUAAACUAAGUUUUUGAAAUUGUUUGUUUUCAAUCUAG